UUACAAAAUCGGGAAUGUAGGGGUCUUAUUUACGGUUGUUGUAUUUCCAGAGGUGCUCCAUCUGUUAACCAUUUAUUCUUCGCAUAUGAUAGUGUGUUAUUUUUUAAUGCAAAUGAAGGAGAAAGUACACAGAUAAAAGAGUGUCUCAAGGUAUGUAGAAAAGCUUCUGGCCAGACAAUCAAUUUGGAAAAAUCUUCGCUCGCUUUUAGUGCAAAUACGGCUCCAUCUAUGAAGCUUGGGUUAGCAAUGUGUUCCAGGUUGGAGAGACUUCUGAUCUGGGGUUUUAUUUGGGCUUCUAGCAAUGGUGUGACAAAAUAAAGGGGAGGUUUUUAAUUUUUUGAGGGAGAAAAUUUGGAAACGCCUUUAAAGUUGGAAAAAGCUUCUACUAUCGAGAGCAGGGGAGGAGCUUCUUCUCAAGUCAGUGAUUCAAUCAAUUCCAACCUACACCAUGAGCGUUUUUUUGCUCCCUAAGAACUUCUGCCAAUAACUUCAGCGCCUUAUGAAUGGGUUCUGGUGGAGACAAUAGUCUAACCAAAAUGGUGGAAUAAAGUGGAGGAAUUGGGAACCGAUGUGUUGUUCUAAAAUUAGAGGGGGUUAGAAGGCUACAUGAGUUUAAUAUUUCUUUAUUAGGGAAGCAGCUAUGGCGCUUCCUAAAGUAUCCAGACUCAUUAGUGUUUAGGUUAUAUAAAGCCCACUAUUUUCCUACUUCCUCUCUAUUUGCUGCAGAAGCUGGCUCUAACCCCAAUUUUAUUUGGAGCAGUGUGCAAGCGACUAUCGCCUUAAUUCAGGCUGGGAUUCGGUUGAGGCUGGGUGGGGGCGAAGCAAUAUCAAUCUGGGAUGACCUAUGGCUACCAGAUAAUGCAAAUCCACGAGUAAGCUCUCUUAUUCCUCCCAAUUAUGAAUUCCAUUUUGUGUUUUCGCUUAUUGAUGAGAAUGGUUUAAGUUGGAGAAGCGAUGUUAUUAAACGCAUGUUUAAUGCUCGGGAUAAAAAUCUCAUUUUGGGGAUUGCCCUUAGCUUAUGUAGAAGGGUCGAUGAUUGGGUGUAGAAUUUUAAUUGAAGCGAAGAUUAUUUGGUGAAGAGUGGGUACAAGUUCUUGACCGUUGAGUUUGAUUCUUUAUCCCCAGAUUCGAUGCGUCCACUUUGGGCCCGAUUAUGGAAUUUAAAGAUUCCACCAAAAAUCAAAAACUUGGUUUGGUGGAUCUGUAACGGUUUCGUCCCAGUAACGAUGCAUUUGUUGGCUCGUGGUCUGGAAAUCGAGUUUAUACGUCCCGUCUGUGGGCAGACAGAUGAGUUCUUGUUACGUGUUUUUGCUGACUGUGGGUUUGCCAGGGGUUGCUGGACUAGAACUUUACCAGAUGAAAUUCAAGCUGUCUGCAUGUCAUUAUGGGUCAUAUGCCAGCACCGAAACUCUGUUCUUUGGCAAGGAGAAGACUUGCCCUUGGAUCAAUUGUUAUUCGCAAUCAAUGGUUGGUUCUGUGAGUGGAAAUCAGCACAACUCUCCCAACAAAUUUGUCCUUCAAUUGUGCUAGGUAUGAUUUCUUCGUCUAAACCCCCACAUGGCUUUACCAAAUGCAAUGUGGAUGCAUCAUUGCAUGCAUCAUCUCUUAUGGUGGGUGUUCGAUAGGUAUUGCGCAAUGAUCGAGGUGAGGUCCUAAACUCUUUUCAAAUGUCCCUUAGUGGUGGUGUUGAUCCUCCAACGGCAGAAGCACUCUCAUUCUGUGAAGCCUUGAGUUGGGUCAAAUGGAAAAAUUUGCACAAUGUAAUGUUUGAGUGUGAUUGUUUACAACUGAUUCAAGCCCUUUCAAAGACUGAAUUAGAUGGAAAUUAUUUUGGCAGUAUAGUGUUGGAUUACAAAUCUUUACUAAAAGAACUUAUAAAUUGUUGGUUCUUAGAAGGUCAGCGAAUAGAAUUGCUCAUCUACUUGCAACUUCUGCCUAUUCUUUGUCUGACUUCCAGGAGUGAGGUCUUGUUCCUCCUGAUGUAUUAUUCAUGCUUUUGGAUGAUCUUAGUUUAUAAAAUAAUUAUAUAGUUCAAUUCAUAAAGUAUUUUAAGCUA